AACUUUUAACGUUGCACAAAAAAUAUUAUGUUGGCCGAGCAAGAGGGAGCGUCAAUCGUCUGAGCAUGCGCAAAGGAGUUCUACCAGGCGCCUCCUGGAAUUUCCCCCACCACCACGAGUCACGACUCACGACAUUGCAGCGGUAUUUUUUUCAGGCUUAAAGCUAUGCAGUGCCGCUAUUGUAAAUUUUCACAUCUGCAUCAAGACAUUCUCCUUAAGCACUACAGGCUUCAUCAUUGGCAAGCAGACUUUGAAGUCUUUGUUGGAGAGACCUGACGUACUUGAGAAGACAUUUCCCAUAAAGCAGGGUACACCAGGAUUUUACACCUCACCUUUUGAUGGAAACAAUGUUACUUCGAGUCAUUCUCUCACCUGACAACAUCAGGAAGUUAUCAAUACCCACACCAUCAUCAAUUGAAGAACUCUCUGCAGUUCUCUGUGAAAAAAUGCAGAUAAUGGGACAUUUUGUUAUCCAGUAUGAAGACCCUGACUUCAACAAUGAACUUUGUACUUUACAUGACAUCACAGAGCUUCCAAAAGACAAGGCUACUUUGAGGAUCCACUGGGAAGUAGUUGUAAGCCCAGUGGUGGACGAUGUUCACAUUUCAGAUUUCACUGUGGAUACAGCAAGCAUGACAUCCACUCAGUCAUCAGCUUUAUCACCCCAAUCAGUUUCUCCUCUAUCUACAUCCAGAUCUGAGCAGUGGCCAAGCAUGUUUCCAGUGCCUUCAUUUUCAUAUGAUGUGGAGUUGAGGCUGAAAAAAGCUAAUGAGGAUCUUCAAGCAAAUGGAACAGCCCUGAUUGUUUCAAGAGACAUGAAAAUGCAUAUCUUGGAGAAAUUGGCUGAAACUGUGUACUCUUACAAAGCCUACCCCAAAGACUCUGAAAUAGAGAAAGUUGCAUCUGCUCUGGUAGAAAAACACCCCAGUCUCAAAGACCCAGGAUCUGGCACAAGUGGAUGUGAAGCAUGGAAAAUUAGCCUGAAGUUUAAAAUGGCUAAUUAUCGUCAGAAACUCCGCAAUGCAGGAUGCAGUGAGAUGAUUGUAAAUACCCACUCUAGACAAGGUUCAUCUCGAGGAUCUCUCAAGAGACCCAGAAGAUCUGAACUAAACUUUCUUCCCGACCAUCCUGUUGGUUUGGAUGAAGAAGAAUUGGAGAAGGAAAGGUCAUUGGUGGAGAAAGAAGUGAAAAAGAGAAAUUUGAGCUUGACCGUUUUGAAUGCAAAAAUGGAGACAACAUUUUCCUUGAGGAGAAAGGAAAUUGUGCAGGAUUAGCCGCUGGUGUCAACAAUCAAGCAAAGAUGGCCAGGACUGUUUUUUGAGGAGGAGGUUUGUGCUGAAUUCUUCCGCAUCAACCGUAUUGACCUGAAGUCAACAUUCCUGACAUCGCUGGACAAUCACACCCAGGGGUUGCUAAAGAUGUACAGAGCCAAAGCAAGACAGGGAAGGUGGAACAACUUGGAUGAACU